CCCAGCCACCACGCUUGGAAUUUGCAUAGCAUAGCACAGCUACUCUCCGUGUUAUUCAUUGGGUAGGUAUAAGGGCUCUGCUAUUCUUGCCUUCCGGCCGCUAUCCCCGACUUCCCCCCCUCUCUCUUCUCCCCUUAUCCAGGAGGGGAAAGGCGAGGGACAGCGGGAUCUCGGGAGCUUCCACCUCGACAGGACGGGAACUAAGUUGCCAUGAAAGUGUAUGUGGAACUACGUAAAAGGCUAGCGGGGAUGGGGGAAUGGAUGGAUACUACGUAGCAUGGCGGCAUAACAGGGGCAGUACCAGGUGUAUUAGCAGCUCACCCUGCCGCUUGGCGCUGCGAUAUUUCCAAGGACCAACUCCUCUUUGUUGCACGACCGCGGCAAAGAGGUGGCCCAACCUGGACAGCACCAAGCCGAGCUUUGAAACCUCCAAUAGGCGGCAAUACGUCUCUUAUGGCGAGUCCUCCACGGGAAAAAGGCCCCCUCGACUCGAGCAACCUGGUGAUCAAAUCUCGCUUACCCAGUCCCCUCCUUCCCCCCUCCCCACACGACACACGACACCGAAUGAGAGAGACGUCGCGAACUGGCCGGACGCAGGAGUCUGUCUAGGUCUACCCACGUUACGGCCUUUCAGCACAGAGCCUAUAGGCCUAUCAGGCCGCCUUCGCGACUCGAGUUGGUGUGUCGACGAGCGGAUGGGGUUGCUGUUGUCACGCAAUAAUACCUGGAACUUCCUGGGAGUGUCAUCUGCUCUGUACGAUGUCGUGGGCAUGUGGGUACAAUUGGCUCAAUCGGAAGACACCUGCGCCGCGAGUAUCAACCUAACGGAUCCUUCUCCAGGUCCGGAAGGGCAGAAAGCAGGGUUGCGCGAGGCACGUACAUACAAUAUAUGUGCAUAAGGAGGGAGAAGUACGUGUAGGUGGUGUGGGUUAAAAGAGAAACCCAAAAAAAAAACCAAGUGCCUACUUCGCGACAGGAAUUUCGCCCUGGGUGUGUCUGUCUCUCCGUCCCUCCGAGACAGGCGUAGCGCGGCGGGGAUUCCCAG